GGACAGGCGAGCUGAGGGGGACUUUCUCUCCUGGAGACACGUUGUUCAAAAAUUAAGGCUCCUUCCGUCCCCCUAAUCCAUCGAUCCUCCAUCCGAUCGAUAUCCACAUUACACGAGCAUCUCGCUCGAAGCUGUUUGGAUGGAUAGAUUGGGGUCGUGAGCUCUAAAAAAAACGAGCGAAAACUUGGACAUUUCGAGCUAUGAAACGAAAAUCUGUCAUAAUCAUCUUUAUCAAGUUUCUUAAGUAUUCGAAGUCUCAGAUAUUAUUCGAGAAUAGUACAAGUACAAGUACUUCAAAAAUUAUUUGAUGAGAUGAAGCAAGUUGUAAAUUCGAGGAUAGUUGUACUUUACUCGGUCACUCUUGCAGCUCUUCACCUUCUUCUUUUUGAUUUUGUGUUUUUUCCUAGUAAGUUAGGCUGGCUCGACCACUAUCAAAUCAAAUUUUUUUAGGUACAGAAUCAGAAAAGUGAUGUGAAGAUAAUGAUGAUAGAAUGAUAGGUGCGGCGGGGGUGCUCGAUGUGCAGGAUUAUUCACAACCUAACCUAGCCUAAGCUGAUAGCGAUUUUGGCUCUCUCAUACGAGCCUCUUGUUUGCCAUUCCUGAACCAGAUCAAGAGCAGCGGAGUGAGAGUGAAGAAAAGGACCGCAAAGGCCUAACGCGUGCAGAUGUGGCAAUGGACGCAAUUCGACAACACGCAAAGUCAGUAGCCUCCGGACUCGCGAAAGAAAGUGCCAACGACAACAUGAAAGCCAAC